AAAUAUGCUGUUCAAAGCGCAAUACCACGGAAAGAAGAAGUACAUUAAACUUAAUGGAGCCUCACAUUCAGAAUUUCUCAAAGAGGCUAAAGUGAAGUUCAGCAUACCCACUGAGACAGACAUAUAUGUGCUGGAUGACACUGGAACAGAGGUUGAUGAAGAGGUCUUCAGCGACAUCCUGGAGGAAAAAACGGACAUCCUGUGGACGAUUGUUGAUGUUCUUUCAGUCACUGACUCUCCUGUCCCAUCCUCAUGCACAGACACCUUGUCACUAUCGUCAUGCUCAUCAGAGAGUGAUACUUCUCUGAAGUCCCCACAAAGUCAGCAUAUUGAUGACAGUUCUUCACAGGCCAAAGAGCUUGUCAAGAGAGUUCUGGAACAAAAGCCUGGAGGGGAGAAGAUACUUAAAGAAUAUGCAAUGAGAGGAGAAAUGAAGGACCGGACACGCCGUGAUCUUGUCAACAUCAUUGUUGCUGAUAUGGUGGAAAAGUAUGGACGAGCUCCACCGAAGGACAAAAGAACACAGUAUGCCUUGGGGAUUGUAACACUGUUUCCUUCUCUGAAAGAUCCCUACUCCAAAAAAGGCUAUGAACAUUUCUUUGAUGCAGAUAGCAAUGAGGGCUACAUUGCCUGGAAGCUUAAAAACACACAGCGGGACCUUGGCAGUAGCAGUGGAUUUAGGAGAAAGAGCUCUCACACCUUAGACAGCAGUGGACCAGAGUUAGAGAGAGAAGUGUCUAAAGAGCACCAGCUGGAGGGAGACCAAUGUUGCGAGGCCAUAUCUCUACUGAAACACAGCACAGACAAAGAACAGAUCUUCAUGAAAAUGAGAGCAACCUUCAACCACAGACAAAAGCUGGUUCACGAUCCUGAACGAUGCAGCACAGUGCUUGCAGUGUUCCCAAGGUUCCUUGACACAAAAGGCUUGGUCUUGCAGGACUUUGAGCUGUUGUUUGGAGCUGAGACUUCUUCAAAACUCCUUGAGAAAUGGGGAACACUCCUGAAGGCAAAAGUAAUAGAGCAAGCCAACAACUUCAGCAAGACACCCUUUCUUGACUACCUCAUUCAGUCUGCAGAGGAGAACCCUGAUGAGGAUGAAGAAGUGCCAGGUUGGGAUAGUGACAUGGCCUCACUUCUUCUGCUGGUCUACCUCCUGCCACCACCUCCAAGUGGAAAGAAGGGAGCUGUCAAAAUCAGUAUCCGGGAAGCUGUGGAUCGUGUAGUGAAGUUUCAUAAGAAGUAUGGAUUUAAUACCAUCUUGGAGCCUCUUGUACAUGAUCUGAAAGUCCUUGAGUGCACAGGAGUGGAAGUUCCUUUCUCUGAUGAACCAGUUUAUGGCACAAUUGCUCAAGUAACUGGGGACAAUUUGGGAUUGCACACACUACUUGGGUAUGUUGAAUCAUUCAAUGCAAACUAUUUUUGCCAUUUUUGCCUGGUAGACAAACAGACCUCGCAGACAGUUUUCAGUGAUGAUGAUCCAAGAAUAACAUUCCGCAAUAAAGCACUCCAUGCUCAGCAUUGCAAUGACCUCAUGGCAGAUCCUACACUGGCAUCGAAAUUUGGAGUGAAGCGAACUUGUUUACUCAAUGAUCUACAAUACUUUAAUGUUUCUGACAACUAUGCUGUAGACAUUAUGCACGACAUAUUGGAAGGAGUGGGGCAAUUUAAGCUAAAGUUGCUUUUUGGUUACCUCACAGACAACAUCCUAUCCAAGACAGAUGUUUGUAACCGGAUAUAUUCAUACAAUUAUGGCUUUGUUGAGCGAAAAAACUGACCAACCAGAAUCAACUUUGAGCAGACAGGAAACGGCAUUGGUCUUAAUGCAAUUCAGACAUUUUGCUUGAUCCGGAAUAUGCCCUUGAUAUUUGGAGAUGUUGUACAAGAGGGAAAUGCACACU